GUGAGCCAGUGCGUAGCUGUGUGAGUCGGUGAGCGUGGUGAGCAUUCGGUGUUGGGUGACCUCUGGGGAGCUACAACCAUGUUACCACUGUGUAAACAUACACUACACGCACAUCGCUGCUUUGCUUACUUCACAACACUAAAGAAUUGCCUUCCUUCUUACUGUCUGAAGAGAUGGGCUUCUUCCUCUGUGCCUCGCAUCACAACACACUAUACCAUCUACCCACGGGGCCAGGACCAAAGAUGGGAAGGGGUGAACAUGGAAAGAUUUGCAGAGGAAGCAGAUGUUGUUAUAGUAGGAGGUGGUCCUGCAGGACUCUCUGCAGCAAUACGUCUCAAGCAACUAGCAGCUGAGUGUGACAAAGAGCUACGUGUGUGCCUAGUGGAGAAAGGAGCACAGAUUGGGGCACACAUUUUGUCAGGUGCUUGCCUUGAACCUCGAGCCUUGGAAGAGCUUUUCCCUGACUGGAAGGAACGAGGGGCUCCUCUAAAUACUCCUGUGACUGAAGACAAGUUUGGAAUAUUAACAAAAAAACACAGAAUCCCUGUCCCUAUCCUUCCAGGACUGCCAAUGAAUAACCAUGGAAAUUACAUUGUACGCCUUGGCCAUUUUGUUAGCUGGCUUGGGGAACAGGCAGAAGCUCUUGGAGUUGAGAUAUAUCCUGGCUAUGCUGCUGCAGAGGUACUUUUUCAUGAAGAUGGCAGUGUUAAGGGCAUAGCAACUAAUGAUGUUGGCAUCCAUAAGGAUGGCUCUCCCAAGUCUACUUUUGAACGUGGCUUGGAACUGCAUGCCAAAGUAACCAUCUUUGGGGAAGGUUGCCACGGGCAUCUUGCCAAGCAGUUAUACAACAAAUUUAAUCUGCGACAGAGCUGUGAGCCACAGACCUAUGCAAUUGGGCUUAAAGAGCUGUGGGUUAUUGAUGAGAAGAAAUGGAAGCCAGGCUGUGUUGAACAUACAGUGGGUUGGCCUUUGGAUAGACACACGUAUGGAGGUUCAUUCCUUUACCACCUUAAUGAAGGAGAGCCCCUUGUUGCGAUUGGGCUUGUGGUUGGAUUAGAUUAUCAAAAUCCAUAUGUGAACCCCUUUAGAGAAUUCCAGAGGUGGAAACACCACCCCAGUAUAGUGCCAACACUUGAAGGUGGAACCAGGAUUGCCUAUGGAGCUAGAGCAUUAAAUGAAGGAGGCUUUCAGUCUUUGCCGAAACUCACCUUCCCUGGCGGUAUACUUGUUGGGUGCAGUCCUGGAUUCAUGAAUGUGCCCAAAAUUAAAGGGACACACACAGCUAUGAAGAGUGGUAUGUUGGCUGCGGAAACCAUCUUUAAACAACUGACAGAUGAGAACAUCCAGUCAAAAACGCAAGGGCUUGAUGUACCAGAGUAUGAAGAACAACUGAAGAAGUCAUGGGUUUGGAAGGAGCUAUACUCUGUACGCAAUAUUAGACCUUCUUGCCAUGGGCCUUUGGGUUUGUAUGGUGGUAUGAUCUAUACUGGAAUCUUCUACUGGUUACUAAGAGGAAAGGAGCCAUGGACAUUAAAGCACAAAGGUUUGGAUAGUCAGCAGUUAAAACCUGCGAAGGACUGCAUACCAAUUGAGUAUCCAAAACCAGAUGGGAAGCUGAGCUUUGACCUCCUAUCAUCUGUUGCUCUCAGUGGUACUAAUCAUGAACACGACCAGCCUGCGCAUCUUACUUUAAAGGAUGACAGCACACCGGUGAAUAGAAAUCUGGCAAUAUUUGAUGGACCAGAGCAGAGAUUCUGCCCAGCUGGAGUAUAUGAAUAUGUUCCUCUGGAAUCAGGAGAGGGAUCCCGGUUACAAAUCAAUGCACAGAACUGUGUUCACUGCAAAACAUGUGAUAUUAAAGAUCCAAGUCAGAAUAUAAAUUGGGUUGUACCAGAAGGUGGGGGAGGACCCGCAUACAAUGGCAUGUAAAGCACAAAAGCAAAGCGGGAUUUUGCAUUCCUGCAUCAUGGAAUGGUUACUCCUUGGAAGGCCUGACAUCACAGGAAGAACAGUUAAUUACAGUGAAUGAAGCAUCUAAUUGAAUGUAUGUGACUGAACUGUGUGAAUAUACUAAUGUAGUACCAACAUCUGAUUUUUGUAUAGGAAACAAACCAUGUAAAUUGCUGGCAGAGGUGUGCCAAUAUAACACAUCAUUACCAU